AUGGUCCCUUCCAUUCGCUCUCCCUCUAGCAGCAGCAGAUACUACCAUGCCUCCCACAGCCGUGCAAAGGAUUGGAAUGAAUGUUGUGCCAUGGUGAUGGGCUUUGAAGAUUGGACGUUGGUGGAUGUGGUCCAUAGUGAUACAGAUACCCCUUUGAGCCCUACCAAUCUCCAAGUCACCAAUUUGCUUCCCAGUGACCUGUUCGAGGAAGACAAGGGCAAUGCUACUACUACUGAUAGCAGCCAGAACCAUGCAUCCGAUCCUUGGACCAAGAAUGCCUUGAACAUUGAGGCCGACCUGUACCGCAUGGCGGCUUGGAUCCAGUCGAAAAAGCACGAAUUCAUCGGUUUCGACAUGGACGCCAACGAGGCAUCCAUUAUCCAAUCGACCGUGACAUCCUUUGCCGCUACCACGGCCAAUGAAAUCGAUUCCUUGCGCAAAAUGGCUUCUAGCAGCAGUAGCCACAAUCAAGUGCAUCAUCGGACCGGAAUUGUUCAAAUAUUGUUGGCGCGACUCAAAGAAGACAUUGUCGAACCCUUUGGCGUCUUGCAAAAACAUCGGUCUCGCAAGGCGGUCGAUUUGUGGCAGAAUCCACUCCAGUGCAAACUACUCGUCAAACAGAAAAAGCAGUCCCAAACAAAAUCGGACGAUUCCAUCGAUGCAGCCUUGGGAUUGGACGAUGAUGACCCAUCUGACCAAGGAGAGAAUACCGAACAACAAUUUCUGCCUCGUCGCGAUGCCCAUCCCUUGCGCAAUAAAUUCAUGGAUACCUAUGCGCGCGAUGAAACAAUUGCACCAAAGUUGUUGAAUUUACGACCCAAAUCCUUAAUUCGAGAUCCCUUAUCGGUAUUGUCCACGGAGACCGAAACCAAAUUCAAUUCCAAUCUCAAAGAAGAACAACAGCAACAACAAUCCACACCGACGACUCUCACUUCUACUAAUUCGAAUAGUGUUGUGAUUCCCGGCAUGCCGGAUUAUCAAUACGAAGAAAUGACCCAAGCCGCUCAAGAACAAAUGCAUCAAGAAGCAUUGUUGCUACAAGCCAUGGUCCACAGUGAUUUGGACAGUGUCCAAAAGGUAGAACAGCAAAUGGUCAUGAUUACCAAAUUGUUGACGCAAUUCUCGGAACUCGUCACGGAACAAUCCGAAGAAGUCUGGCAGAUUCAUGAUACCGCCAAGGACACCAAAGAGAAUAUGCAACAGGGACAGGAACAACUAGCGGAUGCCGCCGCCGCCACGCAUCAAAGUCAACAUUACAUGGCCAAGGGAAUAUUUGCCAUGGGGUGUCUCUUGUUGAUGUUUCAUUGGUUGAGACCGUAG